UACAGAGUAUAGAGCCUUCCCUUACAUGGCUUGUUAUGCCUCCCACUGUAUGCCUGACUCGUGGCGUCAGUGUUGUGGUGUUUGAUCCGUCGGUAAUAUUGUGGUCAUAUUAAUACUAAACAAUUAAUAUUAUGAUAAUUUGAUGACCUGUGGCCACAAUUGUCUGGUCAUAUAUAUUGUAUAUGUAAUGUUGUAUUGUUGUGGUUGUAUAGGCGGGAGUGUAGUUGGUUUGGUAACGGCGUCUAUGAUACGUCUGGUAUGACGUCUAUACUCUGGAAACGACCUCUCGAUAGACUCGAUAGUCUCGAUAGAGACAAACAUUUCAAGACAAGAGUCAGACAUUGGAGUCCUCUGACUGAACGCAAUGAACGCAUGCAUUCAUUCAAUGUAUUCUAUGAUUGUAUGCAUUCAUAGCCAGACUGUCGUGUCGUUCGUUCACUGCUUUCAAUACAUAACAACACUUACUUAUACCAUUUGAUGACCAAAUCUAUGACUAUAUCCAUCACAAAGACGACAAUCAAUUGAUAACUAUGUGAUUGAUAAGAAUGGGUUGAACUCAAUGAUCAGAUAUCAUAACAUUUGUGGUAAUUGUUGUUUGACUCGAGAUAUCAUCUCAUGAUAAACAUAUAAGCCAUGGAUAGUAAAACAGCAGAUGUGUUGACUUCAAGCUUCGGGUCACUGGUUGGCCAUCGAAGUCAAUCGAAAAUGAAAGAGUUAUCAUCACAAGCGAGCCAUCGUUCGUCUCCAUAUCCUUUGUCAUUACCUUCAACUUCGACGGCAACAACGACUCACUCAAUACCACAUACGUCAGGUCACUACCAACGAGUGGCCCGACAGCCAUCCGAAAGCCAUUCACCAACGCCUGUGAUUUACACACAACGGCUCAAGAAAGUGUUAAAGAGCUAUCAGGCGAGCGCUACGACCAGUUUGAAUGGUCCCGAUUGGCCGCACCCGCAGUUACAAGGACUACACUCUCAACGCAUACCGUCUGGUCAUUCAUCGUCCAACUCAUUGUCUGCAUUAUCGACGUUAAGUACAAUUCAAAUGUCUCACUCAUCAGUUAAUGACUCAAAAUCGCAAACAAAGAGCUCUAAGUCUUCGGACGAGUCAACUAAAGAAGCGAAACGUUUUAAGUCAUUAAAGUCAUCGAAAAGUGUUCAAAAAAUUGGUUUAAAUGAUGGUUCACACAGUAUUGCUCCGCCAUUUCCCAUACAACAGCCCCCUAUCUUUACACCGCCCGACCAGAACAGGUGCGAUAGAUCUGAGACUGUCUUAGAGACCCAAAUCAUAUCGUGUUUUAUUGUCGGCGGAGAAAAGAGGCUGUGUUUGCCUCAAAUACUAACCACUGUUUUACGUGACUUCAGCCUUCAGCAGAUAAACAAUGUUUGUGAUGAACUGCAGAUAUUUUGUUCGCGUUGUACACCGGAUCAGUUGGAAAUACUCAAAUCGGCACAAAUCAUACCGUUCUCAGCGCCGAGUUGUGGCCUUAUCACCAAAACUGACGCCGAGAGGCUAUGUGCCGCACUUAUAGACAGUAAUCCGCCGAAAGCAUCCAUUAGUGCCAAUGCUAUGAACAAUAAAUUAUUUACAUUCAAAGUAUACCACAAAUGUUUCGGUAAAUGUGUUGGCCUUUAUAUACCGAUGCUUUAUGUCCACCCGUUCUCGACAUGUAUUGAAUGUCUGGAAUGUCACGGAUUGUUUGCUCCCCAGAGGUUUGUUUGUCACUCACAUCGGUUCCGUGAGAACAGGACCUGUCACUGGGGAUUUGACUCAAGUAAUUGGCGCUCAUAUUUGUUGGUCGCAAAGGACAAGAAGGACAAUGUGGUUGACAUUGAAGAACAUCUGAAAGAAAUGAAGACUCGAUUUGACUUCAGUAACAAAGUGGCCCAGCCUCUCAUGGGUUUUGAUGUCAACCGCUUUGUUAAGUCUGAGGACAUCAGCAAAGACCUGAUUUGUAAUAUCUGUCGUUCAGUUCUUGAAGACGCUGUUUGGGCGCCUAAUUGUGAACACGCCUUCUGUAAAGAUUGUAUCAACAAAUGGUUAUUUCAAAGAAGCAUUUGUCCGAAUGACAGACAAUUUCUCAGUCAUUCGGAUCUCAAACCGAUUCCUCGUUUUAUGCGACAUAUCUUAGAUAAGUUGGAAAUUAAAUGUGAAUUUGCAACCAAUGGCUGUCCUCAAGUCGUACACUUGGAUUCACUGGAACAACACGUAAGGAUCUGUGACUUCAAUCCCGAGAAGAUUAUUGAAUGUCAGGCCGGAUGUGGUCUUGUUAUUAAAAAGGGUGAUCUCGACAGUCAUAACUGUGUAAAGGCUUUACGUAAACGAGUUGACGAUCUAAUAGCAGAUAAUGUAAAAUAUGAUCAAAUCUUGUCGACAGUUAGAUAUGACAUGAAUUGUUUACGCAAUGAAAACAAUAGACUCAAUGAAUCAUUAAAUACAUUAAAAACUGAAGUUAAAAGACUUCGUGGAGAGAAAGAUCCUACAACUGAUGGCUCUUCAGUUUCAUCGAGUGAUGCUAACUCUCGUACAAAACCCAAUCCAUAUGUAUUGAUUACUCCAUUACAGCCUUCAAUGCAUCCGUCUUUGGCCACUAACGACAAGCCAUUAGAAGAAGAACCGCCAUUUAAACAAAGGAAAAUCAUUCCAAUGGCAUCACAAGCACUGCACUCAUCGGCUUCAAACUCAUCCACGAGAACAUUGACUACAAGUAUCAGUAGUUCAUCCAAUCAAUCAUAUUCACCGCCUUUGUGUUCAACACUUACUCAAUCGGAAAUGUCUCGAAACACUCCAUCGCCUCGUUUUAUAGCUCAACCUAUAUCUCCAGAUCCAGAUUUGACCACAACAUCGACCGGCAAUAAUUCAAAUAAUGAUGGUGGUGAUGAUGACAACCAACCCGUUGAAACUAUCGGUUAAUUGUUGUAAAGAUAUUUGCCUCUAAUUAUUGCUUUUUAUGUUAUAUUUGUUUUGUGUAAAUACAUUUUGGAGACAUUUGUUUAUAUGAUAUACAGUAUAUUAU